CGAAGAAUUACAUGGGCCUAAGGGUCCUUAGCCUGGCGCUAAGCACCCUCAUUUCCAGCGCUAAAUUACAUCCGAAUGCUACAAAGUGAGACAUACCCAAUCAGCACAUCUCAUGACAGUCAUAGCGGCCCCGGAGUCCUCGUAAUAGCGGACCAGGGGUCCGAACAAGGCGGCUCUACAGAAUCUUUUUGAUGCCCAUUCGACUGUCUACUCGCUUGAGUCAUUUCCCAAAGCUACCAAUGUUGGGGCCGUCAGCAUGACCUGAAAAUGAGAUGAGCUUGGCUCUGCAGCCAAGGCUAUAGAAAGGGGAAUAAGAGCGCCCCUCUCCAUCCUUUGCCCCUGAUACUACACCCUAUUCAUCAUUCAUUCCUCUCUACGGAAUACUAUCAAACAGCAAACCUCAUCCAAAUCUCAGAACCCCAGAGAUAGAUUAAGAUCAUCGCAGCCACCACCAUGCGCACCUCCUACCUCCUCGCCGCCGCCCUUACCCUCCUUGGUGGUGCUCACGCCGACGACGACAGCACCACAACAAUGGGCUACUUCAGGCCCUAUUGGUCGAUGGACCUCCCUGAAUACGGCGGCUGGACCAGCACCGGCGCCAGCGUCGCAGGUAUCAAUGCUGUGAAAACCACCUACAAAAUGAGCUGUCUGAAAGACGCCCCCAAGACAGACUGCGACAUGAAGGACGCAUACACGAUCAUCCAGGGCCCGGAAACCGUCAGUGUGAGCCAAGUAUACACUGCUUCGACGUCAGACAAGACCACCAGCUUCGAUGUCACUGUGACUCUGUCAUACGAAUGCUCAUUGAAGUCAUGGACUGAAUCGGCGAGCUGCACCAUGAGCGCGGGGUUGAGUGGAAGUGACAAUGGCGCGACGUACGCUUCGUCGACGUCGACCAAGUCUACCUAUGAGAACCCGACUAGCAGAUUCUAUUAUCUUGUUGUCACUGGUGGUGUCAAGUCGCUCACGGAGCCCGCCGCUACAAAGACCCCUGAUGCUGCUGCUGGUGUCGGGGCUCCUGUCGCGGCUAUGAUUACGGCGGCGCCUGUUGCGGCCGCUGCUAUGGUUGCUGCGGCUUGGGUUUAGGAUCGACCAGUAGAAGAAUCGAACUGGUUGUUGGAAAAUACCUUGGUCAUUAUUGAUCUUAAUGUGGGAAGGAUC